AUGGCCAUUAGCUACCGAAAAUGUGCCACGCCGUUCUCUUCUUGCAAAGAAAGAAAACGCGAGUUUUGGGCCUGCGGUCGUUUUGGUCCUGCGGUCCCGUCGAUCCAUGCGUCGGCUGAGGCUCCGACAAGGCUGGUUGCUGUGCAGUACCCAUCUGCAAGGGUCCUUCAAAACGUCUUUGCCACGGCGUUGAAGCCCAGCCGUAAGGACAGCGCUCACGAGAAGCCCAUUCGCCGGCGGAAGGAUCUCCGAGGCUCAAAGAUGAAGACAUAG